GAACUAAAACAGAGUCCGACAUGGCUGACGCCGCGAAGAAACAAAAGGCCGAAAAGAAGGUUUCCGUCAAAGAAGGCGGCGAGAAAAAAGCCUCCAGAAGGCCCGUAAAAAGGCACGGCAGGUUAUAUGCCAAAGCUAUCUUUACAGGUUAUAAACGUGGACUCCGUAACCAGAAUGAAAACACUGCUCUUUUGAAAGUAGAAGGCACCACAAACAAACCAGAAAGUUGGUUCUAUGUUGGCAAACGUUGUGUAUACGUAUACAAAGCCAAAAACAGGACUUGUGUGCCUGGAAAACCAAAAACAGUUAAAUCCAAGGUACGUGCCAUCUGGGGCAAAGUGACAAGACCACACGGCACCAGUGGCUCAGUUAGAGCAGUCUUCAAGAGAAACUUACCUGCUAAAGCUAUGGGACAUCGUAUUCGUAUUAUGUUGUACCCUUCCAGAAUAUAAGUUUUUACAUUGUAACAUAAAUUAAAUAUAAAAAAUAUAUCAAUAAGUUAAUUGAUAAAAA